AUAUAAGGAGACUUCCGCAGCGGGAAGGUACAUUGCCUCGGCUGACUUCAAAAUGGCUUCUUUCAAGAUUGUUCUUGCUGUCUCCCUCCUUGCCACCUGCUCCUUGGGUGGACAUCUCUAUGGAGGCCAUGGAGGUCUUGGGGGCAUUGGAGGCGUUGGAGGUCUUGGAGGUCUUGGAGGCAUUGGAGGUCUUGGAGGCGUUGGAAGUCUUGGAGGCGUUGGAGGUCUUGGAGGUAUCGGAGGAGGAAUUGGACAUGGACAUGGUGUUUCAAUAACUCCAGGUAUUGGAGGACUUGUAAGUUCUUCUGUGAGUUAUGGAAGACCUGGCCUCGGCCAUGGAAUCGGUGGAGGUCAUGGAAUCCAUGGAGGCUCAGUCAUUGGAGGACAUGGAGGCUCAAUCAUUGGAGGACAUGGAGGUUCAAUCAUUGGAGGAUCCGGUCUUUAUGGCAAAUGGUAAACAUAUAAAUGUGAAGAUGCAUUUGUUAGAAGAAAGCUUUUCGUCGUCAUAGAUAAAUAAAUACCAAACUACUGUC